UGGAAUUGGGAAAUAAAACUGCCGGCUCAGGUGGAUCAAAAGGGUUUUGGGCUGCAGCUGGUGGAGAUAGACUCCAAGCAUCACAUCUAUAUCCUGGUCAGCAACCUGCCACGCCUGGAAGUGGAGAACCUGAAACAGGAUGAUUGCACAGCAAACCUAGGCCUCCUCACUGUCAUCCUCAGCUUCCUCUUCAUGAAGGGCAAUGCUGCUAAAGAAUCUGCUGUGUGGGAGCUGUUGAGGAGACUGCAAGUUGACCCUGGAGUGAAACACGAGGUCUUUGGGGAUGUCAAGAAAUUGGUGACUGAGGAAUUUGUCUGCCAAAAGUACCUGGAAUACAACCGCAUACCCCACACAGAUCCACCCGAGUUUGAGUUCCAGUGGGGGGCCUGGGCUGCCAAGGAGACCUCCAAGAUGCAGAUCCUGCGCUUCGUCGCCAAGAUCUAAAACAAGGACCCCAGGGCCUGGAGCACCACGUACACUGAGGCGGCAGCUGAGGAGGCAGCUGUGGGGGGCCUGUUCCAAGACAUUAGCACCGCUGGAGACACUGUUGGGGCCAGCCAGGGGGCACGGAGGAGGACCCAGUGAGCCUUAUCCACUUUACCCCCAGGUGGUCUGCCCCAUGAUGCCUUGUGAAUCAGCAGACCUGCAAAUUAGGCGAGCUGUGGCCUCUGCCCAGGCUGAGCCUGAUCCAGCACCCAAGGGUUCUCUGUGGCAGCUGCCUCUGCCCUCCUGAUCUCAGCCCACCUGAGACAUGGCCCAUGGACAAAUGGGUUGUAAAAUGCAGUUUGAUCAUUGUAUAUUGAUUAGUUGAGCUGCAGAGACCCCUCCUUACCUUUCUGGAGGGUGGUAUAGGCAGCUUGUGUGAAUCCCUCCCUCCUGAGUUGCAAUGGAGUGCGUUUCCUCUGCACGCAGGGGCUGGGUCAGAGCUGGGCACUGGUAUGACCUCUGAUCCUUGUGAUUCACCCAGGACGCGUUCAAAUAAAGUGGAGUAUGCAAUUCUCUGCAGUGGGAUUUUAACUACAGGGGGUGAGUAUCUGGAGGCCAGGAGCACAUCUUGCCUGCUGCCUGUGUGAAAGGGGGUUUAUUUGUAGGAGGGGGCCUAGAGGAGUGUCUCUGGGAAGAAGCUUCAGGCACAAGACCAGGAAGGACCCCCCACCACCGAAUUGAGCCAGACAGUGCUCCUACACAGACCCAGAGUCUGAACCAUGUGCCCCA